AUGGCGGAGCAAGAAAUGAACGAAAUCAAGGAGAGAAUGAAACUCGCCAAGAUCAUCGACUUGGAGGACCCAACUCUGGAGGGAAACACUGAGCAUGUAGCUGGCACUGGCGACACCCACAACGUCCGACAACAUACUACUAGCAACGAGCAAUAUGCUGGCACGGGCAAGCUAUCCUCUUUUGAAGAAAACAUCAAGGGCGCCUGGGCCAAGCCAACCAAAUCCGAGGUCACAAUGGACGUUCAAGGCACUGCUGACCGAUCCGGCAAGUCAAAGCUGAGCCCCUUCGAAGCCAAUACCAUCGGAGCCUUCAUCGAGAACGCCAAGUCCAAGCGCUCUAUGGAUGAGAAGAUCAAGGCAGAACAAGACGGAGAGCACAAGCUGAGCGCUUUUGAAGCCAAUCUCAAGGGUGCCUUCACAAAGAAAGCCAAGACCAAGUUCUCUUACGACGGACAAGUCAAGGCAGAAUUGUCUAGCCAUAUCAACGAUGAAGUUUCUAGUGAUGGUCGCAAGCCUAUGACCGAGUACCUGUCGAGAUAUGGGUGCAAACUAUGCACUCCCGUUGCUACUUGUAUUACUCACUCCGGUUUUCCUCCUGGACUCCUCUCUGAUCAAGACCUCGACCUCAAUCGCCGCAUUGAAGAACACCUGUUUCGUGGUAGAGAACCAUCUAUCAUCGGAAAGCAAGAAGGAGAACCUCGCGAAGCCAUUGACAUGUCGAAGAACGAGGCCAAGAUGCACACCGAAAAGGGUAUCUUCUGUUGCGAGGGUGGUCCCAAGUACUAUGAGCGAGGAUCGUCUGCAUGGAUGGCAAUUCCCCAGCUGUCAGGCGACAAGCACAGCGACAUCAAAGGUUUCAUGGAAGCUGUUAACGCUGGUGAUGUUCGCUAUGCCAUCGGAGAGCUUAUGCCAGAGGAGAUGAAGAAGAUCACCAUGGUGAUUAAGGUUAACGUUCGGGAGAACUUCGAAGACAUCGACACUAUCCUGUUCGCACCCACUGCUGAGUUCGCCGCCAAUCCUGACAAGAAGUUUACGGCAUUCGCCAAGUUGGAUAAGCCGCAGCGCUUUGAAAAUGCCGGCGAGCGAUCCUACCUGGCCUUCUUCUGCAAGUCUCACCGAAAGCACGUUCGGGUUGGCGUUCAUCGUAUCAAGUGGUCCAGCACGCGAUCUUGGGCUCGGUGGGAGAAUGAUGCGCUGGAUGAUUUGAUGGGCCAUCCCAAGAAGGAAGUUAACAACUUCGGACAGCCGCCCUCUCCCUUCUUCGGACUUUGAAUGUACAGUACACAUCGUAUCUGGGCGUCUGGCGCUGGGAAGAUGGAUCAGAAUGGGUUGCUUACAUUCCCCUUUACACACCUAGCUGAGCAGAGGAUAGAGUGAGUAGAG